AUGGCCGCCGAGCCGUGGAUGGAGAAAGUACUGUAUUGCAUCGCUGCACUCUGUUCUGUGCUUCCCAUCAUGACUCUGGCGUUCACCAUGCGCCGCGUUGUAGCCUUGCUGGGCAAGGGGAGUGCUACCUUACCACCCGAUCGUGGGUUGGAUGCGUGCAUGAUGGUGUUCUUCCUGUUCAACUUUCCCUUUAUCACGUAUAUUGUCGACAUCGAGCAAAUCAUUAUUGCUGACCCGGGAAACUUUCAGUACCCCUUCUGGCCACCACCAAUCAUGGUCGACCUCAUCCACUGGUAUGGCAAGAACUACGACCCACUUCUGAUGGCCCGACCCACCUGGUGGAAAGUCACCAUCUGGUGGGAUGUGCUGUUUUUCGGGCCCUUCUACGUGCUGGCCUUCUACGCAUUCCUUUUCCGCAAGCGCUGGAUUCGGUUCCCAUCGAUUUGCUACAGCUGCGUGCUUCUGACCAUCGUCUCUGUCAUCCUCGCGGAGGAGACCUUUGGUCCCCAUGCCGCGCCGCAGCGAUCUCUAGUGUUGCUUCUAAAUGCCCCUUGGGUUGUUGAGCCUGCCUGUCUACUGGUGCGCAUGCUGCUGGAAGAGAAGCCGUUUGGCGAGGCAAAAGAGUCAUUCUAA